GGAAAUCAUUCUGACAACGUCAGCGCUUCGAGCAACACACAUAAAACUAAAAAUCUUUUCGAAAAAAUGUGCCAACAAAUAGUUGUCGUACCUGCUGCCAAAAACAGUAACAAAAUGAAGACCAGCUACAGCAUCAAGAAUGUCCUGAAGACCAUCUUCAAGAAGCAACAGCAGAAGUAUCGCCACCAGCACCACCAUUCGCUGGAGUCCCUCGAGUCGAAUGAGAAUCUACGCAAUGCCCAAGUAGAGGAGGCGUACUAUGCUGAAAUCGAUGAGAAUUCCGCCAAUGAGAAACUCGCUCAAAUGGCACACCACUCUCAGGAGAUCAAGAUAAUCGAUGAGGAGACGGAGGAGGAGGACAUCUAUGUUCCCGUACGCUUUGCACGCACCCAGGCUGGUACAUUCUUCUGGACCACCAACCUGCAGCCUGUUGCCAGCGUUGAGCCAGCCUUCUGCUAUUCCAUGCAGUUCCAGGAUCGUUGGGCACAGGCUUAAGCAUCAGGCCAGCUUCAAGGGUGAUCCUUCGAACUAUCAAUUAUCAGCUUUAAAACGAGUACAACAUUGUGAUAUCAGUAUCAGUGGCUGGAACUCCUCCACGCAUCGAACUCAGCAGGAAAAUCAAUCUCAAUUCGGCGAUCCAGCGCUUCCAUUAGAUCAUAAGAUAUUGUGAUAGAAAACAAGAGCUUUA